AAUACUAGUGCAUUUAUCUCACCUGUGUCAAGGUGAGCUUGCAGUAUAAAGAGCCACAUUUUCUUCAGCAGUUCUCUGUUCUUCUUGGUUAAGUCCUUCAACAAUGAAGUCUUUUGUGCUGCUUUUCCUGCUGUCAGUGGGUGCCGCCACUGCAGAUGUCUCACCACGGGCAGUGUGGCAGCUGCGUAAGAUGAUCAAAUGCACCAUCCCGCACAGCGACCCACUCAUGGAUUUUGCUGACUAUGGCUGCUAUUGCGGCUUGGGAGGCAGUGGGACACCAGUAGAUGAGCUGGACAGGUGCUGUCAGGCACACGAUCACUGCUACAGCGAGGCAGAGAAACACCCGACGUGCCAAACCCUGCUGGACAACCCCUACACAAAAACGUACAGCUACAGCUGCUCUGGCGAGGAGAUCACGUGUAGCAGCACCAACACGGACUGCGAGAUGUUCAUUUGCAACUGCGACCGCACCGCCGCCAUGUGCUUUGCCAAGGCGCCCUACAUCGAAGCCCACAGGAAAAUGGACACCAAAAAGUACUGCAACGAGCCUGCUUCCUCCGAGGCCUGA